AUGCCUCGACGCGUCCGGCGGGGAUUUGUCGAUUCCCUGGUCCCGGGCUAUCUGGAUGACAUUUCGUCCAUCGGGCCGCUGCUCGGGGGAGGCGCCCCGGCCACUGGGCCUCGCAUGCUGUCCUGGCUGCUGCAGUGCGCCCCGGCUGAGGAGUUCCUCCACGCCCCGGCGGUGGGCGGGAGCCUCGCAUCGGCCCGGAGCCAUGGUCGAUGCGCGCUUGGGGAUCACUGGCUGCUGCCGGUCUCCGGGGCCGACGUUCGCAAGCUGCUGAAGGCCGCGCUCGGCGCCGGGGCCAAUAGGCAAACGGGUCGGGCAGCUGCCUCCCUCGCGCGGAAGUAUCCCUCCCUACGGCACUUGGCUGGGGAGGCGGCCUUCAAGCGUGAUCUUCCGAGCCCCCCGGCCGAGGGUCUCCCGGUGAUGGCGGAGCUCGGCGAGUCUGGGGCAUUGCGGACAUUCGGCCGGGCCGCUGUCGGCCAGGCUGGCCGCGUUGAAGCCACCGGUGGUCUCGCUCUCCGGGGCGGACCGACCGGGGCACCUCUUUCGCCCGGUGUCCAGGCGGCAUUGGCCGAAUCAGGCCAAGCCCUGGUCGAGGUGGCUGCCCUGGCCGCGGCCCUCGAGCGGAAGGCCGUCCCCGGGAGGGAGGCACAGGGCGAUGGGGGAUGUUGA